GAGGCGGGGCGGGAGGCAGGCGCCCGGCUGCGGAGCGCGGAAGAGGGCUGGGGGUCGGCGUGCUGUGGGCUGUGGCGGCCGGCGAAUGCUCUCCACGCACAGCCACCAAUAGAGCGGGUGUGUGGCGCCGGCCGGCGCGACCCUUCCCUCCCGCUCGGACCUCCCGCAGCCCUCGCCUCGGGCCGAGGGGCUGCUGUUUGCUCUAACGGCCUCACGCCCGGGGCCUGAGGCGCCCGGAGGCUGCGGGCUCUCACCUGCAGGCGGCCCGCUCCGUGAGGAGGAGCGCUGAGGUGGGCGGGCACGGCUUACCUGCGGUCAGCGCGCUGCUGUGCUGUGCGAGGAGAGCCCGCUGUAACAGCUGCGCCUCGGGCGUGUUAAGGACGGCGGUUCCGUCCCUGCAGGUGUGUAAGGACCGGAAUGGCCGCCGGGGUGCCCGCUGACGCGCUGGGCCGGAGAGUGCUGUGUGGCACAGAGUACGGCACCGUGCGGUACGUCGGCAGCGUCUCGCCUACAGCGGGCACAGUUUCAGAGGGAGACUGUCAGCAGUUAGAGACCAACAGUCUGGGCACUCCUGUGAUACCGUACUUGGAACCAGUAAGAUUCAGCUCUGUUUGCUGAAAGAUCUGACCAGUUCAGUUGUGAGAGCACUCUAUGCCAUCUUUGAAAAACUGAUGAUGGGAUGGGAAGAUUGCUUAAUGCUUGGAGUUGACUAGCAUUGCAUUCAGUUCUAGAAGGAGCAAGAAAAGAUGACCAGCGAACCAUAGGUUCAUCAUUCUCACCUCACACAUCACAGAAAGAUCAUGAGCAUGUUCCCCUGGAAUCUGUUUCCAGGAGUUUGGCUUGGAGUGGAGUGGGAUGAUCCUCAGAGAGGAAAACAUGAUGGUACCUAUGAAGGAAAGCAGUAUUUUAAAUGCAGGCAUCCCAGAGGAGGCUCAUUCAUCCGCCCAAACAAAGCAAACUUUGGGGUAGAUUUUCUUACUGCAGUAAAGGGCCGGUAUGGAUUGAAUGAAAAACAAGAUGCUCAGAAUGGAAUAGAGAAUACGUGUGUAUUUGGAAAGAAGACCGUGGAAUUUGUUGGCAGAGAUUCUAUUGAAAAAAAACAAAGCCAGCUGCACCGACUGGUACAUAUCUCAGUGCAUGAAUGCGCGGUGAGCCAUGCUGGUCAGAAAGAGGAAAUCAGUGGAACGUGUCCUAAUAUCAGACAUAUAGAUCUAUCAAAAAAUCUGGUGGCGUACUGGGAUACAGUCAUAGAUAUUGCUUCUCAAGUUCCAAAUCUGGAAACGCUUGAUAUCAGUGGAAACAAAAUGAAAUUUUCAUCUACAUCAAUUUCUGCAUCUAGUGCCUUUCCAAAGUUGACGACACUGGCGCUUAAUCAGACUGAGAUGACUUGGACAGAGGUUCUUCUUUGUGCUCCAGGAUGGCCAGUACUUGAAGAAUUAUACCUUACUUCAAAUAAUAUUACAGCUUUGGAAAGGCCUGAUAAUGUCCUGCAGACCCUGAAACUGUUAGACCUUUCAAACAACCUGCUACUGGAUGGAAGCCAGCUGCAUCUGAUAGGACAUCUCCCCAGAUUAGAACAGCUAAUACUUACAAACAAUGGAAUAUCUUCUGUACACUUUCCUGAUGCUGAGUUUGGAUGCAAGACUAAAAUGUUUCCUUCCUUAAAACACCUUGCAAUAAAUGACAAUAAGAUCUCACAGUGGUCGUCGAUCAAUGAGCUUGAUAAACUGCCAAGUUUGCAGGUACUGGAGUGUCGCAAUAACCCUCUCAUGGACACAGAGAAGAAUCCAGAGACCCUGAGACAGCUCAUUAUUGCCAAGAUAAGUCAGUUGGAGGUUUUGAACAAGUCUCAGAUUUUUCCUGAUGAGAGAAGAGGAGCAGAGCUGGAUUAUCGCAAAAUAUUUGGGAAGGAGUGGCUGGCAGCAGGAGGGCACUGGGAUCCAGCGAGAAACAAACCCAGUGAAGAAUUUCUUGCUGCCCAUCCCAGAUACCCAUCUCUUUGCCUUCUAUAUGGUGCACCUGAAGAAGGAGAACUGAAGGGACAACAGCCUUUGACUCUGAGAAAUCAACUUUUAACUUUGACAAUUAAAUGUCCUGACAACCCUGAACAGAAGCCUGUAGAGAAAAAGCUACCAGAGUCCAUGACUAUUCAAAGGGUCAAAGGAUUGCUCUAUCGCCUACUUAGAAUUCCUGGUUCGGAACUGAAACUGUCCUACGAAAGUUCUAAACUGAAAGGAAAAGAAGUUGAACUUGACAAUGACUUAAAGCCUUUGCAGUUUUACUCAAUAGAAAAUGGAGACUCUGUGUUAGUACGGUGGUAACGAGAGACACCCUUGGCAGACCGAAGGAAAAGCCAACACUGGAACUGCAGAAGCAUCAAGGAGUGCCUGCAGACACCAUGUACAACCUGUGCCUGAACACGGCUGGGAGAACACGGUACCAGGGGGCUCUGUGGUAAUACUGCCAGCUCCUAAGCUCAGUAGUGGUCUCCGUGAAAGCCUUUACUUUUGAUUGGAGUGUCUUAUGCAAGAGAUACCAAAUAAAUACGCUUAAAUUCUUCUGUUAAA